AUGGCAAAAGAGAAGAACUACAAUCCCGUCCAAGAAGCCAAAAAGGCAGAGAAGCAGAAGCAGCUUCGCAAGCAAAAGGCCAACCUCCAGACACAGCGCAACGAGAAACUCGCGCGCAGAAAUCCCCAUCGCAUACAACGGGAUAUCGACAGCCUCAAAGAGCUCGAGCAGAACGGCUCGCUACGGCCGCAUGAGCGCCAAAGACUGCAAGAACUGGAAAAGGAUCUCGCAGCCGUCAAUAAGGCGCGCGCUGCACUCGGCGACAAAGCACCAGUCUUCAAGCCCGAGCGGCGUUUCGACAAUGACGACGGGGGACGGGGCGACCGAGAAAAUCGGGGCGGCGGCGUCCUAGGCAAGCGGACGCGAAACGGGCAGCGGAAAGAAGACGACAGCAGCGACACCGACGACGAUGUGAGGCACAUUCCCAUGCCUCGCGACACGCCACCGCCCAUUCCACGCAUAUACCAAGCGCGCGCUUCGCAAGCCGACGAGGCACCGCCCGAGCCCAAGAAGCCGACGAUUGUCUACGAAGCUGCGCCACAGGUCCGCGAUCUGCGCAAGGAAGCUACAAAGUUUAUGCCUGCGGCUGUGGCGCAGAAGAUGAAGCUGGCAAAGGGCGGGGGACGGUUACUGGAGCCUGAGGAGUUUGACAAGCUGAGGGAAGAGGGGUAUAUGAAGGAGCAUGGGACCAAGACUGAGGCUGAGGCUGAGGCUGAGGCUGAAGCUGGCGGCGACACUGGGCCCGAGCCGGAUGAGGAGCUCGAGGCGUUUAUGAAGCUGCAGAGCAUGAGUGCGGGGGCCAUGGCGGAGAAGGCAGCAGAGGCGGCGGUGCAAGAGGCCGAGUACACGAUGAUGGCUGCUGAAGCCGUGGGGCAAAUGAAGAGCAUAUCGAAUGAGGCCAGUACGGCAGAGAACACGCUCAAGCACGUGCAGAUGGAGGAGGUGGAGGAUGAAGAUUUGUAGAAUGC